AUGACAGAUAGAGACUUUGACUGUUAUGGGAUGUCCCUGCUGGUGAAGGAUGAGGCACCAAAAAGUGAUUACCUUUGUGUCUUUGUCUCCUCCAGACUGUACACCCAGACUCACAAGAGAUUUAAAAUCUCGGAGGAGAAAAUACGGGACCACAUCCACACCUUGGGUCUGUUCCAGCAGCCGGGGGUGGAGGUGCUGCGGGAGCCUGGGGACGAUCCGUACGACUUUAAAGAAGGAGACAUCGAGUACACCUUCUCCUCUUCCAAGAGAUUAAAGGGCCAGGGGAGGGAACCCAGCAAGAAGGCCAAGGGAGAUGAAAUCACUAGCAAUGGAGCACUGCCUGAUGGGAAAGAUGCGAUGUCCAUUUUUAACUCUGCACCAAAAUCAGAAGAGUCCAGUCAGGAUGACGGAGCAGCCAAAACUAAUCCUUCUCUGACCAGAGAAAAAGAUCUGGUGGUCAACAUCUCAGACCUGGACAACAUCUUUGAUGAAGAUGAGGAAGAGUUGGGGAACGUUUACACAAACCAGCACUCAGCCAAGCCACCCAUUUCAACAGAAGAGCGCCCUCUGGGGAAGGAAGGGAGAGUUGCAGUUCCGUAUCCAUCAACAGUAGCAGACCUCCAGCGGAUGUUCCCCACCCCACCCUCUCUGGAGCAGCACCCGGCCUUUUCUCCCAUCAUGACAUAUCGUGACACCCCGAGCCAGGAGCCACCUGCACCCAGCGGAGCCGCGGACCACCUGCUGCCUUUAGCCUCUACGCACCUGACUGAGUACAGGAUGGAGACAGAUGAGAGCAUGGCCAGCCCCAGGCAGGAGGAUCUCAAGCCACAGGUAGGAUCCUCCAUGUUUGCCCCACUGCCCUGUCUGCCCAGUCAGACUUUACCCCCACUGAAGAUUCCUGAUCAGUGUUACUACCGUCCAUCCUGGGCACUUAUGCCCAAAAUGGAGCAUUUCCCAGCAGUCAUGCAUCCACAGAACCCCACUUUCAUCAGAGAUGGUUACACAAACGUGCCCAGCGUCAACACCCUCCCAGACCAGGACUACGGUCAGAUGAGCGCCACCACUGCCUCGGUGAGCACCACCGCUGGCAUCCUCCCGUCUCCUGCCACACCUCGCUUCUCUGUACCCACUCCUCGAACUCCGCGCACACCCCGGGGCAUCAACGCAGCAAGUUCUGGUCAGGGUUCUGUGAAGCAGGACGGUACAGAACUAAGCUCACCAGCUUCCACUCCUUCCACCAGCAUUCCUCUCAGCUCUGUAGAACCACUGGCUCGACCUGGACCUUCUCUUCCAGAGGCCCACAGUCUGUUUGCCAUCCUCCUUCUCUCAGACUCCGUCCUCAACGUCUUCAAGGAUCGCAACUUUGACAGCUGCUGUAUCUGUGCCUGCAAUAUGAACGUCAAAGGAGCUGAUGUGGGGGUGUACAUCCCCGACUCCACCUGCGAAGAUCAGUACCGGUGCAUGUGUGGCUUCAGUGCCAUCGUGAACAGGCGGCUGGCCCAGGGCACGGGCCUCUUCCUGGAGGACGAGCUGGAUAUUUUUGGCCGGACUUCGGAGGUGGGCCGAGCAGCUGAAAGGAGGCUGGCCCUUUGCAGGCGAGACCCAACGAUGGGAGACCCGAGGGCCAAGAAGACCCAGGAGUCAAGUCCUGCCUCGUCCUCUGUCAUGAUCCUCCUGCAGGAGCAGUGCUCGCAGCCCAUCUCUUCCCUCACUUCACUGCACUUACCCCUCAGCUGUUCCUGCCAUGGACGCAAGGGGGCACUGCUGCAGAGCUGGAUGUCGGAGAAGCAGUGGGCGGAUGAGAGCGACGCUUGUGUGGAGUGUUACAAUGCCUUGGAACAGGGGCUGCAGUACGUGGACAAUCCCAUAGGGGGGAAAGUGGAUCAAGCUGUGGUCAGAAGUACAGCUCUACACUCCUGGCCUCACACUAACGUUGUGGACAUGAGCGCGCUGUCGUCCCAGGACAUGGUUCGGAUGCUGCUGUCUCUGCAGCCCUUCUUGCAGGAUGCCAUUCAGAAGAAGAGAACAGGACGGACCUGGGAGAACAUCCAGCACGUUCAGGGUCCACUCACAUGGCAGCAGUUCCACAAGAUGGCUGGAAGGGGUUCCUAUGGUUCUGAGGAAUCACCUGAACCUUUGCCCAUCCCUUUAGUUCUACUGGGCUAUGACAGGGAGAGGGACUUCUUAGCAUUAUCUCCUCUGGCAUUACCUUUUUGGGAGAAGUUGUUGUUAGAGCCCUACGGCGGGCAGCGGGAUGUUGCGUAUUUGGUGCUGUGCCCCAAUAGUCCCUCACUACUGGCUGCAGCCCGGGCCUUCUUCCAGGAGCUCAGUGCAGUGUAUGAGACGUGUCGUCUUGGAAAGCACCGUCCUCUGGCCAAAGUGUCCAGAGAUGGACUGGUGCACGUGGGUGAAGAUGUGGAGCCAGAGAAGCUGGAGGAGGUGGAUGUGGAUCAGUGGAUGACUGGGCCCUGGACGGGUCAGCAGCACAAUGACAACCUCAACAAACUCAAACUCUACGUUUAUGCCUGCACGCAGCAACUUGGUCCACAGCUGUCUACUCUGCCUCUGGACAGCAGUCUUCUACUGCCUCCUAAAAUCCAGCCUGCUGUAAACAACACAUCUUUCAACCAGCCUGCCUCUUCUGGGCAGAGUCAGUCUUGGGCCACCGAUGGAGAACAAGCUCAGGGUGCUGUCAGUUCAACAAACGCCUCGACUCCCACAAACUCAUCCCAGAUGGGGGAGACGGCAACAGGGGGGACCAGUGACUCAAAGACCACUCCUGGUGCCACACCACCAGCAAACACACCAGCAGAGAACCCUGAACUGACAUCUGAGCAGGCCAGAAUCGGUAUCCCGACUGUACCGGACUCCAUGGACAGCUACGCCAACCCACCAGCUAUUGUUAUUUACAUAGUGGACGCUUUCCUGGGCUCCAGUGCAGUGAGAAGUGACGGCGGGGAGGAGGAAGAGGGCGACGAGGUAGAAGCUGGCAGCAUCUGGUUACUGGGGCUUCUUCGCUGCUACACAGAGAUGCUGCAGUCGUUACCUGAAACGAUGAGACCUGCGCUCGUCCUACAGGUGGUGCCGUGUCAGUAUCUACUCCAGCCUGUCAGUGGAGAGAGCCACUUGUAUUUACAGCAUCUUCGCUCCAUGGCCUUCUCCUGUUACUCCCAGUGCAGACGUCUUCUACCCCAGCAGACACAUAUCAAGUCCCUGACUGGCUUUGGACCAGUGUCCACUGUCAGCUCUGUGCUGAAGGCUCCAGAGCAUCCUAGUCCUCUGCAGCUUUAUUCCCCUCCGUUCAUCCUGGGUCCAACUCGCCCCAAGCAGCCAGAACCAGGGGAGAUAUGGGCAGAGAUUCCGCCCAAGAACAAUGUCCUCUAUGUGGGAUAUUGUCUGUCACAUGACCAGCGCUGGAUCCUGGUUUCCUGUACUGACCAGCAGGGGGAGCUCCUGGAGUCCUCUAUCAUCAAUGUGGAUGUACCUAACAGGUCACGACGUCCUAAAGUUUCAGCCAGAAAAAUGGGCCUUCAGAAGCUGUGGGAGUGGUGUAUAGGCAUCAUUCAGAUGACCUCGCUGCCAUGGAGGAUCGUGAUUGGUCGAUUAGGCAGACUUGGGCAUGGGGAGCUAAAAGACUGGAGCUCAUUCCUGGGAGAACAUUCCCUCCAAUCAAUAGGACGUCAGCUGAGGGAAGCCUGUCGCAUGUGUGGAAUCUCAGCUGCUGAUUCCCCCACAAUCCUCAGUGCCUGCCUUGUAGCCUUGGAGCCACAGGGCUCCCUGGUGGUCAUGCCUGACGCAGUGACCAUGGGUUCAGUGUUUGGACGCAGCACGGCUCUGAACCUGCAGACCUCACAGCUGAACACACCUCAAGACGCUUCCUGCACACACAUCCUGGUCUUCCCUACGUCUGCCACCACACAGCUGGCACCCAGCUCAUACCCUACAGAGGACAACAAUGACGACAUGUUUGACCUGCCUUUUCCUGAUGAGCUGGAGAACGACAUCGGCCACGACAUGAUGCUGAUCACAGGGAACCUCCAUCCUUCUCCCAACACUUCUCCGGUUCCCUCCCCUGGUUCCCCGUCUGGGAUGGGAAUGGGCUCAAACUUCCAUCACACCAGGAGUCAGGGAGAACGUCUGCUGUCCAGAGACAAUCCACCAGAGGAGCUGAAGCAGCAGCCGCUGGCUCUGGGUUACUACGUCUCCACCGCACAAGCUAAUGGACUUCCUCACUGGUUCUGGGCCUCCUGCCCACAGGCUGAGAAACAGUGUCCACUCUUCCUCAAGGCGUCUCUGCACCAUCACAUCUCCAUAUCUCAGACAGAUGAGCUGGUGACAGAUAAGAGUAAGAGGACCCCUCACCCUUUAGACUCCAAGACCACGUCUGAUGUGCUCAGGUUUGUAUUGGAACAGUACAACGCCCUCUCUUGGCUGACGUGCACACCUGCCACUCAGGACCGCCAGUCCUGUCUGCCCGUCCACCUGGCUGUACUAAUCCAAAUGUACAACGCCAUCCUGAACAUGCUUUAGCUGUGUGAAACUCUCGGGGAGAAAUUUCUAGAAGUAUGGACAUUUGAUUAUAUACUUGCACUACCCUCUAAUGAACACUAGAGGGCAGUAGAACUAUUCUGGAUGGAUUUAAAGGGCAACGGCAAGCCCGAGUCUCUCCUGAGUCUGAGGAUCAGAGUCUAACAGUGAGUCUGACUCGUCAUCCACCUCUGAAUGGCAUCCGGCGCAUGUGUGGAUGAUGGAGAAGAUGACGCUACGAGCACGUCAUCACAUCGGUGCAGGGACACGUGACUCCCUAACUGUACAACCAGCAAAAUCGACAUGACGACACAAACUCGUGGCUUUUAUUACAAUGUUGAAAUGACAGUGAUGCUUUUACAGAUUUGUACAGAACUAAACCGUGGAGCUCGUCUGAACGUGGAGUCUGUUCAGUUACCCUUUGACCUUUCCUAUGACACAAACAUCCUCAUUUUAACUCCAAAGAGGGAGCAUUUGAUAAAGGCACUUUUCCCCCCUCACCUUCCAAAGUGUAGAUUAAAAAAAACCCACCUUGGACAAAUAUUUGAUCAGUGACAGAAAGUGUCGUUUAUGAUGUGACGACACAACAGCAAAUGCAAAAUAACUGAGACUUAUUUUUUAAUAUUUCAAUCAAGAAAAUGACAAAGCUAAAAAAGAAAUGCCUUUGUUCCCACUCGACGUUUGUCUGGGGAUCGGAAAUAGGAUGUGUCAUUUUAAUGCAAUUGUAAAAAUGCCAUAUUUAUACAAAUUAUAUCAUGUCAUAAAAUUUGAUAUGCUAAUUGUAUAUAUAUAAAUAUAAAUAUAUAUACAUAAAUCUAUAUAUUACCUCUUCCAUGCAGGCACUUAAUAAUGAGGGUGAGGGAGGAGACCAUCUCUGGAGAAAUGCACAUGGUUUCUCAAAGAAAAUGCAUUUUUCUUCAUUUAUUUUCUACAGAUAAUGAACAUUUUAAUGUCUUAUUUAAAUGUUUAAAUUAUAGUUAAAUUGAGGCAGGAGAUACACUAUACUGUAUAUUUAUAAAAUGUUUCAUCUUCUGCUUGACAAACUUGAAAAAGGCAAAGUAAAAUCACAUGUUUUGAGCGAUGCAACAUAAUGAAAUAUUUAAAAAAAAAAAGAAAAAAAAAGCUUUAUCUCAUUGGCUCUCCUGAAUGAUGUCAUUGUAAAAAAAGCCUGUCAGUUUCACUCAUUCUGCUUCUGGCAUGUUUGUAUAUACACUUUUGUAGCUGUGUUUUAUUAUUUUAGUUGUUUUUUUGUUUUUUUUAAUUCUCCUAUAAAGCUGUACAUUUCAUGCUGGUUGGUUUUAUUUUGGAAGUGAUUCAUAUCAAACUAUUUUUUGCUGUGAGCUUUUGAUAUAUAUAAAUAUAUAUAUAUAAAUAUAAAUGAUAUUACUGCGCAUAAUUCAAUUGAAUAUGUUUGCGAGGUAACAUUGCCAAGUACACACAUGUACAGACAAGGGCAAGUUUGCAAAUGGAAAAAGAAAAAUGUUACAUCUCCCAUCACUUUGAAUAUCAGACAGAUCCACUUUAGUGAGACGGGUCUGUUCCUUUUACACUCUUUUUUAAGUAAAUUAUUAAAACUCCUGAAAAUGA